CUCGCAGAUAUCCGUGCUCCGGUGCCACUGGUAUUCCAGUUGUUUUCACAUCCCCUUACUAACAAAGAGACUCAAGGCUGCUGUUUUACUUCUCAGUGAGUGAUGCGCAAAUAACAACUGACGCUACAGCACAUCAAGGCGUGAGAUAACAAGCUCAGACUUUUGGAAAAAUAGGAGAGUUUGAACUAUUUCAGACGUUACACUAAACUUUGAGAGUGAAAAUGGUGUCGGCUGGACUGGAGAUCUUGGGACUUUCGAUGUGCGUAAUCGGCUCGCUUCUGGUGAUGGUAGCGUGCGGGCUUCCUAUGUGGAAGGUGACGGCUUUCAUUGAGGCCAACAUCGUAGUGGCUCAGACAAUCUGGGACGGUUUGUGGAUGUCGUGUGUGGUCCAGAGCACUGGCCAGAUGCAGUGCAAGGUGCACGACUCCGUCCUCGCCCUCACCCACGAUCUACAGGCGGCCAGAGCGCUCACCAUCAUCUCCUCUGUGAUGGGUGUGCUGGGUCUCAUGGUUGUGAUUGCUGGGGCACAGUGCACCAACUGCAUCCGUACUGAGUAUGUCAAAGCUCGGGUGGUGAACGCCGGCGGGAUAAUCUACAUCAUCAGUGGUUUGUUUGUGCUGGUACCCCUUUGCUGGAUGGCCAACAACAUCAUAUCGGACUUCUACAAUCCACAAGUGCCCGCGUCCAAGAAGAGAGAGAUCGGCGCUGCGCUCUACAUUGGCUGGGCAGCCACAGCUCUGCUACUGAUCGGAGGGACUUUGCUGUGCUGCUCCUGUCCCUCCAGCGGAAACUCGGGAUACUCAGUAAAGUAUGCACCGACCAAGAGAGCCACGCAGAACGGGGACUAUGACAAGAGGAAUUAUGUUUAGCUACGUGGUUCACAGCAGCCGCGGUGCGUAAAAGUGACCUGCAGCUUUUUAAAAACUGUUGUUUUUUUUUUUACAAACAUUGUUUUUGCACCUGCAACUUUUUUUCCUUCUUUUUGGUUCGUUUUUUUUUUUUUUUUUUUUUUAGAAAUUUGAACUUUGAAAUCAGUCGAAGAACCUCUGCUGUUUUUACACUGGUCCUGCAAUAUCCAAUGGCCACAUAUUUACACAUUAUUAUUAUUAUUAUUGUGUCUACAGGAAAUAAAAAAAGACUAUCAGCCGCAAGAGGUAACUCACAACAAAAAAGGAGUAUAUUUGUUAGGUACCUGCUUUUGUAAAUCUUCGAAAUUUUUAGUAUUUUGAAUUAUUUGGUGUUUAAACACAAUGUUUUUAUAAUUUCUAGAGGAAGUCUUGCCACCGAAAGUAUACUCUUUUUUUAUCCUCGAUGUGCAUUGUCAGCACAAAGUUGUACAGUAGGCCUGAGAAUGGCUGCACUCCCACACAUCCAAAGCCCAAUUUGCAAAGGGGAACGACACUUGACAUUGUUGUUCGAUAACAACCGGAGAAGAAAUAAAUGCACAUACAUUAAAGCCCCAAUACAUCUCAGACAAGGUUUUUUGUGUGUUUUUGGUUUUAAGGCUCAGAAGGGUGAAUGAAAUUCGCUGUCGUAUUCUGGAUUUUUAGAUUCCAAACAGCUUGGGACAUAGGCUACAUUAACAUGUACAGUCCGUUUUUACGCACCUGCACUGAGCACCUGUAAAGAUGUAUUUUUAUUUUUAAUUAUUUUAAUUUUUUUUUAUUAUUGUCUGUGCAGGAAGUAAUUUGUCUUUCCAUAAAUUCCAGGAAUAAUUUUUUUUGUUAUGUUGACUUUUGAUGUAAUGAUUCUUUAUUCACAUAUAUGAAGAUGCAAUAUUGUUUCAUUUUAUUAAGAUUAAACUGAAUAUAUUGUUUCAA